GAGUCCGUAAUUGAAAUGCUUUCGGAAUACAUUCCGCCACAAAAUGACGACGAAAUCAAAAUCAAACAAAAACGCGAACGAAAUAAAAAGAUUAAACGCUAUGUUAUGAUAGGGUUGGCCAGUGUUGGCGGCGGUGCUAUCAUUGGACUGACGGGUGGUUUGGCGGCACCGUUUGUGGCCGCGGGUGCGGGCGCUAUAAUAGGUACGGCUGGGGCCGCGGUUUUGGGCUCAUCUGCCGGUAUAGCGGUAAUCGGUUCGCUGUUUGGCGUCGCCGGCGCCGGACUUACGGGCUAUAAAAUGAAGAAAAGAGUGGGAGAUAUUGAAGAGUUUGCUUUCGAUACGUUAACGCCCGGUCGGGAACUGCACCUAACGAUCGCCAUCUCUGGUUGGGUGACACAAGAAGGCGCCCAAGCGUUCAAAGAGCCCUGGAUUUCGCUAUUGAAUUCACGCGAACAAUACUGCAUUCGCUAUGAGUCUUCAUAUCUGCUAGAGUUGGGUCGAGCCAUGGAUUACUUUCUGGGAUUCGCCGUCAGUAUGGCUGCUCAGGAGGCUCUCAAAUACACUAUUCUCAGUGGACUCAUAGCGGCGAUCGCAUGGCCCGCAACACUGGUCACAAUGGCCAGCGCUAUAGACAAUCCGUGGGGUGUUUGCAUCAGGAGGUCAGCAGAAGUUGGCAAACAUUUGGCAGAGAUUCUCAUUACUAGACAACAGGGCAGACGUCCCGUCACUUUAAUAGGGUUUAGUUUAGGCGCUCGGGUUCUCUACUUCUGUCUCCAAGAAAUGGCUCAGAGAAAGGGCUGCGAAGGUAUCAUCGAAGACGUGAUCCUAUUGGGCGCUCCCGUCCCGGCGUCUGUCGACCAAUGGAAGUCAUUUGGACGCGUUGUGAGCGGACGUAUAAUCAACGGCUAUUGCAGAGGCGAUUGGCUCUUAAAGUUCUUAUACCGGACCUCUUCGGCCACUUUAAGGAUAGCAGGUCUUCAGGCCAUUGAUUGGAACGAUAGGAAAAUGAUUAACACAGACCUCAGCCAUAUUGUGACGGGUCAUAUGGAUUAUAUGCGCAAAAUGAGACAAGUGUUGGAGGCUAUAGGGGUUCGCACCACUGAAGAGCCUAACAUCUCCGCAACUGAACUCCAUAUGCGAAGAACUCAUUCAGAUAUAACACAAAUAAACCACAAACUCUACUCUCAGAUGUCGUCGUCGAAGUCCGACUCCAAUAUAAGGCGCCGCUAUUCCGAGCCUAUAGUUUGCGGUUCAAUGAACCCGUAUUCGGCCAAUUCAUCCAACUUUUCUCGCAGGCGUCACUUCAACGCCGCCCACGAUCUCCAGUCCCGACUCUAUGAAGAAUUCUAA